GAAAAAAGGCUAAACUCAACCCAACCGUCACAACAGUGCUGAGCACCGGGGGAGACGUUUCAUUCCGUUGUCAUGGAGCGAUGCUUUAGUGUCAGCAGGGAUGAUUCCGCUUCUUGCUCCCCACCUCCUCCAGCAUCACCUCCUCCUCGCGUUCUCCCCCCUCCCGUUCCUCCCUUCUCUCCCCCGUCAGCCCUGACCGCUGCUCCCCAACAAGGGAGGCUGAGUUUGGCCGGAGCCAUGGUGGACGUCAGCAAGUGGCCCCUGUUUUCCCUGCUGAGCGCCGAGGAGCUAGCCACGGUCCGACAGGCCUGUGUCUUUGGAAUGUCUGCCAACGAAGCCGUCUACAUCACGCACGCCAACGAGGUAUUUGCGUUUGGGAUGAACAGCAGUAGCUGCCUUGGUACAGGAGACAGUGUGAGCACCAUUGUGCCAAAAAAACUGGACUUCCUGCGGGGGAAGAAGGUAACCAGCCUGAGCUAUGGAAGUGGGCCUCAUAUCCUGUUGGCUACAGAAGACGGACAGCUGUUUGCUUGGGGCCACAACGCUUACAGUCAGCUGGGGAACGGGACCACCAACCAGGGGCUGACCCCGCUGCUGGUCACCGCCAGCCCGCAGAACAAGAAAGUGAGAGAAGUGGCGUGUGGCUCGCAUCACUCCAUGGCCCUCACUCUGGACGGAGAGGUCUUUGCGUGGGGUUAUAACAACUGUGGCCAGAUUGGCUCAGGCUCCACAGCCAACCAGCCCCACCCCAGGAAAGUCACCGGCUGCCUGCAGGGCAAGACCGUGGCUGGCAUCACGUGUGGCCAGACCUCCUCCAUGGCUCUGAUCGACAACGGAGAGGUUUAUGGCUGGGGCUAUAAUGGGAAUGGACAGCUGGGUAUCGGAAACAAUGGAAACCAGCUGACGCCUUGCCGCCUCGCUGCUCUCCAGGGGCUGUGCAUGCAACAGGUCAUAGCUGGCAACAGCCACUGCCUGGCACUGACUGAUGAAGGGCUGCUGUAUGCCUGGGGAGCCAACACCUACGGGCAACUGGGGACCGGCAACAAGAGCAACCACCUCAGCCCUGUGCUGAUCAUGGCGGACAAGGAGCGGAUUGUCGAGGUCGCAGCUUGCCAUUCAACACACACUUCAGCAGCCAAGACCCAAAGCGGUCAGGUGUAUAUGUGGGGUCAGUGUCGGGGUCAGUCCAUCGUCAUGCCACACCUCACGCACUUCACCACCACGGACGACGUUUUCGCCUGCUUCGCCACACCCUCCGUCAUGUGGAGGCUCAUGUCUAUGGAGCACGACGACUUCAUGACUGUGGGCGAGGCUCUGAGGAAAGAGUUUGACAGUCCCGAAACGGGCGACCUCAAGUUCAGCGUCGACGGCAAAUGCAUUCACGUUCACAAAGCCGUGCUGAAGAUCAGGUGUGAGCAUUUCCGGUCCAUGUUUCGCUCCCAGUGGACGGAGGAUCAGCAGGACGUGAUAGAGAUCGGCCAGUUCUCGUACCCCGUCUACAGGUCCUUCCUGCAGUUCCUCUACACGGACACGGUCGACCUUCCGCCCGAGGACGCCAUCGGUCUGUUGGACCUGGCCACCUCUUACUGUGAGAACCGCCUGAAACGGCUGUGUCAGCAGAUCAUCAAGAGGGGGAUCAACGUCGAAAACGCCUUCACCUUGCUGUCUGCGGCCAUACGAUACGACGCUGAGGACCUGGAAGUGUUUUGUUUCCGGUUUUGUGUCAACCAUCUCACUCAGGUGACCCAGACCGGAGCCUUCUGGCAGGUGGACGGAGCGAUGCUCAAAGAGUUCAUCAGCAAAGCCAGCCGCUGCGGGGCCUUCAAGAACUGAGCAAGAACUGAAGUCACUCUCCGGGUACAGUGGGGGCCGCGUCGCCGCUCCAGAAACAUCAGGUCGAUAUCGCAUUGGGAAAAGAAGGCUUUCUUGAAUUGUUGAUUUCCAUAUUUGCUGAGGCAGAUAAGCAGAAUUCACAACGUGGACUGGAAUUUAAAGCUGCAUUAUCGACAGGUCUGAAGUCAGCCCUUUGGCCAAUUCCGGUGAAGUCACUCGACGCCAUGCCGUCUCCUUUUUUUUUUCUUUUCUUUUUCACGCUGCAUUGUGUUCUCUACAUGCUGUACUUGAAUCUUUGUUUGUUUUUCUCGGCCAGUGCUUAGUCUUCUUUUUACUUCUGGUAGAGUUAAUUCGAGAGACUGGAAGGAAUGGGGAGCUCUGCUUUGACAUUGAGUUAAACUAGAACCACUGGACUGAAAUACGUUACAUCUGCAUUCCAGUUCUAUCAUUUUCAAUUGGCAUUAUUUGUUUUUAAACCGAGUCGCUCUAGAAGCUCAUUUAGAGGCGUCGACGUUACACAGUUAACCCAGAUCCUACUGUGGGUUGCUUAUCUUUCUCGGCUGGUAUUAUUUACAUUUUGGAAGUUCAAAAACCAUUGUAGUAUGUAUAAUAAUUACCUUUUUUAUACUCCUCUGUUUUUGUUUUGUAUGCUUAUUCUACCCGACUGAAAUGUUUUUUUCUCUACGGCACUUUUAAGAAACUGCAGUCGCUUCUUUUUUCCACAUUCAGUAAAACUGUUUAUAUAUAUAUGUAUAUAAAACCGAGUUAAAGGAUGUUAGAAAGCAACGGUGAUUAAAAUGCAUCGUAGGCAGAUGGUUUGUUGCAGACGCUUUAUAUUCCUUUUUUUAAUUUAUUUUUUAUUGUGGGACCUCAAACAAACUGAACCAAGGUGACCGUUUCCAUCUGUUUGUGUUUUGCUUUUGUUAUCGGGGCAAAUGGAAAGAAACAAACGGGCGACUCGGCAAGACCAAAAUGAAUCCGUAAUUAUUCCUUGGUAUAUUUAAUCACACUUUGAAGCACAAAACACUGCAGGUAAAGCAAUAUGAACACUUUGAAAUGCUAUGUGUUUAUCGUGAGAUGCUUUGUUUGUAUUCUGUUAGCGUGGGUUUAUGACUACCAAAAACUGCCUGCGGGUCCUGGUUUAUACCUUCUGUUGCAUUACUGGGUAAUGUAUGAGAAUAGUCAAAUGGAGAGUGUUGUUGGCCUGUCGGCUACUGGUCACUUCAGUUUCUGUUUUAAAUUGUUAGGUUAUUAUUUCUUGAUGCAUUCAGAGGCUUGAGAUGUUUUAAGUUGGUCUGAGCUUGCUGGUAAGUAGGUCCACUGUUUAUUAUCCAAGCAUCAUUCGGGUUAGACAUUUACAGACGCAUUGAGGUUUUGGUUUCUGUGCUUUAGCGGAAUUUGGAGCUUGUUUUAGAUAAGAAAGCAAACUGAAAAAGAAAAAAAAAUCAGAUUGUUCUGCUUACUGUAUUAAGAUUAAAGUAUAUUUUUUAAUGUA